AUGACAAUACUAUCAUUAUACACUUCAUCACUUCGUAAACAUCCAAGAAUUACAAAUUCGUUAUUAACAGGUUUCUUAUUCGGUUCAGGUGAUAUUAUUGCUCAAUUCAUAAAUCCAACUGAAGGUAAAUAUGAUCCUCAUAGAACAUUAAGAGCUGUUAUUUACGGAAGUGCAAUCUUCUCCUUUGUCGGUGAUAAAUGGUAUAGAAUCUUAUCCAAGAUAAAAUUCCCUGGACCACCUUUAUCAAAUCCUAAAUUAAAUAGCAUAAGAACUGGUGUUUUGAAAACGGGUAUAGAUCAAUUGGGGUUUGCACCAAUUGGUAUUCCAUUAUAUUAUUCAAUCAUGAGCAUAUUAGAAAAUAAAAGCAUCGAUGGGAUCGGUGAAAAAUUGGAAAAGAAUUGGUUACCAACAUUGCAAGUUAAUUGGAUGGUUUGGCCAAUUUUCCAAAUCUUCAAUUUGAGUUUAGUUCCUGUUCAACAUCAAUUACUCUGUGUUAAUGUUGUUUCAAUCUUUUGGAACACUUAUUUAUCAAUGAGAAAUUCUCAAAAAGGUGUUCAUUUACCUGUUCAUUCACCACCUGUUCCUGAAUAG